CCUCCCGUCGUGUUGCUCCCAACAUCUGAAACGGAUUCCCAUCCAAAAGUUGAGGUAUCUCCACCCAUCGCGAAAAAAUAUUGUCAAUUAUUUUGCCAAAUAUUCACACAAAAUCUUACUCAAACUCGAUGCAGUGGAUUGGUGCAGCCCGGUAGAAUACCGGACGAUAGUUGGUGGCAGGAAUACAGUUCGAUUGGUGUGAUAUUUGGUGCAUUUCUAAACUCUGCCAGCGAGCCCAACAAAGGCUGAUUCAUUCACAUAUUACGAAGAAAAGGCACAUCAUUCAAGACCCUGUAUGAGUCGAACGGCGCUGAGCGGGACGGCGGCAACGUAGGGUCCGAAGAAGGUGUCUUCUCCGGUGUUGGGAGCAACCGUAUGACAUGCUCUGUGUAUCAUCGUAUCGUAGGCUCGACUUAUUCAUGCAUGUAUGGUAGUGGUGAUAGUACGAAAAAGGCACCAGACAUCAGGAAAGAAACGGACGCGUGAGAGAGGUCAAGGGAAAACAAAAUAGCCCUCAUCUUCCGCUCUCGUAGUUGGCCAUACCUUUUCGUCCGUUCCGAACGAUGAUGGGUGCUUCAUCGCUGUGAAUGGUGUCGUCAUGCAUCAACACUGAGAAGGUGUUUUUCGGACGUAGUGGAGUGUGUAUGGGUAGUGCAAAAACAGUGAAAGCAUCAAAGUCCAGUGAAGGAAUUAUUUUGGAGAAUACAGACGAUGUAUUUUUCCAAUUUAUACAAUUAUUGUUAAUUUUUAUUAUAUAAAGCAAGGUGGAUCCAGAGUUUGAAUUUAUCCCGGGUAGAUAGCGAGCCUGCUAUCUACUGCACUUGAGAGCCUUUGUGAUAGUCGAUUUAUCAGUAUUCCGAAAAACAACAAAAGACAACAUUAGCGGAACGAAGAGAGGCUAUAUUAGUAUCGAUUUUCAUAGAGAACAACAACACCUUAUUCGCAAUAAUGUCCAAUCACAUUCAUACACAGUCAUCAGAUGCAGCGUUGAUAGCGCGAAUGCACCAGAUGAGGCUGGAAGGGGAUGGCUCUGGUUCGGGACAGCCCAGAAUGGCUCACCCCCAGCAGACAAUGAUGUUGGAAGGAAUGUCGAGAGGUGGCCAAAAUAUUGGUCAUAUGCAGAUGGAGAGCCAUUAUGUACCAGUGUCAACAGCUAUUGCACCUGGAAAUGUUGUGAUAAUGAACGAUCCGCGUAUUUAUCAAGGUCAAAUGCUAGCUGCGACAGCUGGUCGAAAACCAGGAGAUAUUGCGCAUGUUGGCUACUACAGAGUUAGCAAUAGCCCCACCCAUUCGCUCGGAGGUUCUUCCCAUCACUCCGGGGGUGGCAGUCCGCGGGCGAGUGGACAACUGCAGCAACCACCGCAAUACUACGACCCUCGCUAUCAAACCGUAUACGAGAACAUAGACUACUAUCCUCCUGCUCAACCACAACACAUAGACGCUCUCAUGUACGAGAGAAAAUUCGAAUCCAACAAUGUUAAAGCUCAGCCUCAAGUCCCGGUUGGAACCGGAAUGUCUCAUCUUCCAUCCAACGGUAGUGCUGGUCGCUACGCUCACACUCCUCAGCCACCAGAACUUCAUGAACAACCACCCAUCUAUGAAAAUCUACAAACGGCAUCCGGUCAACAAGCUCAACCUCAAGCCACCAAGGCUUCUGCACAAAUCUAUUACCAUCGAAAUGAUACGAGCAGUCCACAGGUCCCUCACAAUUCACAGUAUCAUCCCCAGGAACUCCCCAUUUACGAAACAACAACUGCCAACCCUAAUGCGAACUCCAGGUACGUCACCGCAGGCCAAGUACCGCCUCAAGGACCGUACCACCAUUCCCCAAGCAGUAGCAACGUUUCACUUAAAAUUGCCCAACAACCGCAGCCCGUACACUUGCCAAAUGUCAAGCAUCAAGCCACCGGUGUUCCACUCUCUGCAGCUAUACCCAACGAAUACCAAAAGUCACCCAAGCACUCUUCAGCUCCAUCGCUACCCCCAAAAUCAGCUGACGCCAUCAGGUUCCCACAUCAGACCACCAAAACCAAUUCCCCAUCCCGCAGCAGCUCCAUAUCGGGCUCCAGUUCACUGAACAAAUCCUUCGUCGAAGACAUCAACGGAUCGGACUACGUGUGCAUGACCGGCGGAAGCAAGUACCAACACCAACAGCAAUACUCCAUUUCCAGCCAAUCGUCCCUACAGUACGCUGCUAAAGCCCCGACAACUACCGCCCCCACUUCCACUGGAAGCGCAACAACACCACCAGGAGGAGGCGGCGGAGGGCCCAUCACCAGUAGACCCUCACCAAAUCCCCAUGCGACACAGGCUUCGGCGGGUUCUGGCUCCGGUAGCAAACCGAACAGUGCGCAAAAUUCCUUCUCCGGAUUGCCACCGGUAUCAUCGCAAAACCGCGCGCCGUCAGCGGUUUCGCCAACGCCAUCGCAGCUUAGCACCGGCAGUGGUUCCGGCAAGCGUCUUACGAAAAACCUCCUGCCGUACAACGUAACACCUCCACGCCCUACUGGGCCAACCGAAGCGGAGCGAAAAAUUGAGGAACUAACCCGGCAGCUGGAGGAAGAGAUGGAGAAGAACGAAGAGCAGGGAGAGUAUUUCGGCAUAUGCCACACCUGCAAGGAGAAGGUGACCGGUGCCGGAGCGGCCUGUCAAGCCAUGGGCAACCUCUACCACACCAACUGCUUCAUCUGCUGCUCAUGCGGCCGUGCCCUCCGCGGGAAGGCCUUCUACAACGUGCACGGCCGCGUUUACUGCGAGGAAGACUACAUGGUAAAUUACUCCGGCUUCCAACAGACGGCGGAGAAGUGCGCAAUCUGUGGGCACCUCAUCAUGGAGAUGAUCUUGCAGGCGAUGGGCAAAUCCUAUCACCCGGGUUGCUUCCGAUGCUGCGUAUGCAACGAGUGCUUGGACGGCGUUCCAUUCACGGUGGACGUAGAUAACAAAAUCUACUGCGUUAACGAUUAUCACAGCAUGUUUGCGCCAAAGUGCGCCAGCUGUGGAAAAGGAAUCACCCCAGUGGAAGGAACGGAGGAAACGGUACGGGUGGUUGCCAUGGACAAGGACUUCCACGUAGAUUGCUAUAUCUGUGAAGAAUGCGGCAUGCAGUUGACGGACGAACCGGACAAGCGUUGCUAUCCGUACGAAGGACGGCUCAUGUGCCGAUCGUGUCACAUACAGAAAAUUUCCCUACAGGAUAUGCAGCACGGUCGAAUUGUAGAGCCCGUCUGUGCCACGUAUCAGUACAUGGCCUAAAUAGCUAUCUUAUGCAUACUCUUAAACAAAACUUACAUUUUAACCGGCUGGCUGGAAACUUAUAAAAAAAGUAUGUAGGUACGUUACGAACGGAUAUCGCAUUUAUAAAUCGUAGAAACUGCGCGGAAGCUUAGGUGUGUAGGACACUGCCAAAACCGCUAGGUGAAACUUAGAUCAUUGAUCGAUUGCAUUUGCAAAACAGAUCCAGUUAUUAGUUUGCUCUUAUUUUUGUUUACUAAAGAAUGCAGCUUCGAACAAAACCGUUUGACAUUUCCAUUGAAAGCAACAAAUGUUUAAAAAAUCUACCAUUCAAAUCCAAUAUGCUGAUUUCUUAGAUUUGGCUUGUAAUAAGUUAAAUAGCAGAUUUCGUCAUAUGACGUUCGAUUUUCCUGUGAAAAAUGGAAAUAGCAAACAAUUGUUGUUCGAAUGUGCAGCGUUCGAACGUUAGCAAUAACGAAAUGUUAUAUUCCUGUGUAUACUUUCCCAUUAUUCAAUCGACGUUAUCAUCCAACUUACAAUUUAACUAUUAACUGUAUGUUCCAUCACAUAUACAUAUAUUGGAAUUUGAGAAUUGUGCUUGACAUUUUUGAUACUCACUCAAAAAGAAACGAAACAUUCCAUUACUCUACCCGCUGGCUGUCGGCUAGAUUGAACGGUGGAGAACUACCUAUUUAAUAAAACAGACCUUAUUUUUUGGCAGCUUAAGGAGAAACGCGUCGGAAUCCACAUCAACAUCGUUGCUUUUUGCAUCAUGCAUAGAAGCCUCUCUUAACCUAGCAGAAAGAUCCACGGCUACAAACGCAAUGCAAUGCCAUGCUGGAGGAGGCUGCGUUCGAUUCCUGGUUCGUUUUGAAAACUUCACUUGACUUCCUGGGCAUAAUAGUAUCAUCACGUUAGCCUCAUGGUUUUAAUACUAACGAAGAAGCAUGCAUAUAAAUGUGAUUCGCACAGGUAUGUGGAUUAAUAAUUCAUAAGGAUUGGUCACUUUUGGAUUCCGAUGCAUUUUCCCUUAAUCCAUCGUUGUAAUUCAAGCGCAGGCAGAACUACUUGAUAUGACACAUGACUAUUAUAAUACUAUCGAAUAUUACUUAUUAUUAUUGUAAUGCUAAAUAUUAUAUGCUUUUUGCUAGGGCGUACUUUUUCAAUUGUAGUUAUUGAAGUAAAAAUAUAAAAUAGCUGGUGAAACAAAUA